AAAUUGGCUUUUUGUGACACAUGACAUUCCAUGGACAAGAGCAACGCUUUAUGGGCGAAGCCGACGGUUAUUGGUCUUCAUACCGACUUCAUCCGAAAUCGUCCAGAUAAUCCCGCUUUGUUAACAUCAGACGUCCCUUUCUUUGGCGGGCAGGGGGCAAGGGGAAGAACAUUUAGAGAAAUCCAAUCAAUAUGGAAAUGUUACACAUUGCAGUACUCUCCUCUUUACUGUGCUCAGCUUAUUCUGCAACCAUAAAAGCAAAGGAUGACCACCGUACUGCCUUCUUUGGGGAAGACAUACAUAUCCCUGUGCCAGCAAUGGACACUACAGAGGUGGUGUUUAAACCAAAGCUGGAUCCAAUCUCUGAGGUGGUUUUCUUCCGGAACAGGGAGAUUCAGAACUCUAGAGCCAAACUUAAUUUUCAGACCAGACACCUGGUUCUGGAAGAUGUGGGUGAAGAGGAUGAGGGUACAUAUGUAGUGAGGAACUCUGCAGCUCCAGCUGAUGUCAGACGCAUCAUCCUUAUAGUUAGAGAUUGUGCCACAGAGACAACCGUGAAAUAUGGUGAAACAUAUCAUAUUACACUUAAUGACAUCACUGGUCCUUACACCCUGGAGUUCAGACGCAGCACAAGUCACAUUAACCAAACUAUAGAGCCAUCAGCUGUGGUUCUUCUCAAUCAUAGCAUCAUCCCUAUAGAGGAAUAUAGGACCCGUCUCAGUGCAAGUGAGAAGAAGGUUAACCUCCAUGUGGUGACCGGAACAGAUGAGGGUAGCUACACUGUACUGGACAGUGAUGGAAAAAUUCGUAAAAGGACAUGUCUGAAUGUUAAAGAGCACCAGAUAUUUGUGCACUUGCAUUAUGACAAAACUCUGAAGAUCAAGCUCUAUAUAAACCACACGAAGAUCAAUAUGGUCUACACUCCAGACUCUGACAAUGAGGCUCGGCUUAUUCUGGAUCAGGGGGAACUGGUCGUGCCUUUGGACCCCAUGCUAGAUGGCCGAGUGUCAGUAGAUGUCUCAAUGUUUUACCUGAAGAAGGUCAAAGUUAGUGACACAGGCAUUUUCAGAGUGACUGACUUAUCAGGUUUUCACAUAGCCGAUGUCUACGUGGAUGUGGAGCCCUACAAACUGCCUCAGCUUUAUGUGGUGAUCCUGUCUUUAUUGGGUCUGCUGGCGUUCCUGCUGUUGGUGUGUCUAAUCUCCUGUCAGAUCAAGGUUCGCCGUCGGGAAGCAAGAGCCCGAAAGAUUGCCCUCAUUGCUCAACAAGCUGGCAAGGGAGAUGGAGAAACCUUCAGACAGGAGCCUCAAAUGGAGCAGCUUCUUGUUCAUGAGGCCUACACCAGAUUCACUGAGGAAUCCACUCUGCAGUCUACCUGGGAGAACAUCACCGAGAGCACAGAGGUUGAGAUCAAGGGUCUCGAAGUGUUCACAGCGGGGCACUAUCACACUUUCCUUGCUGAAAAUAACUUUGUGGAGAUGACUGAUUCUGCACUUCCACUGGACAGCGACACUGAUGUGCCUCAAACCUAUGCCUCCCACAAGCUCCUCUUUGACUCUGACAGUCUUGCUGCUGCUGCCCCAGCUAAUUCAGAGGGCAAUCAUAGUGCCACUCGUACCCCGGAUUCGGUUCUCAGUGCCAGCCCGGCUACCCAGCACAAAUCUGAAGCCCACGCAGAGAGCGACUUUUUAGGAGUCACUACCCCUCAUACAACCCCUAAAGUGUGCAGGCUAGGUGCCAUGGAAGCCUCAGCCCCUGCAACCAGCCCAGUGCCAGAAACAAGCCAAGACGCCCUGCUGCUCAAUGACAAAGUAGCCAAAUUGGAUCAGUGUAUCAGUGCAGAUGGUACCACAACCUGAGAAUCUGUUCAGUGGCACACUCCAGAGUUUUCCACUAACCAACCUGAGCCUGAUCAUUUCUUUUAUAAUCAUGCCCACAGAUUGCCAACUAACUGCUAAAGCUUCUCGUAUAACAUGUCCAAUGCCUGAAUUUUUUUAAACAAAUGGUUUGCCAAAUAUUAGCACUAAUGGGUAGUCCUAGAGCAACAAGUUUUACAUAAACAAAUAUAUACAUAAACAAAUGUGUUUACGUUAACUUUAAAGAACAUAGGAUGUGAGCUCCUGCACAAUGCAUGCAUAUGACAUAGCCUUUUUGGCUAGUUAAAAGCCAAAUCUAUUGUAAACCGAAUGUCCAAUGCAUGUUAGGCUCUCUAGAAAAACAGCCACACACUUUAAAGAAGAAUAUUUCUCUGGAGGGAACUGGAGAACCUCCUUAUAUCCUUUUAAUGUACCAAGAUUCAUUGCCUUAAAACAUUAUUGUGCUGUUUAGCUCAAAGCUCUGUAAUAUCAGUACCUUAGCUAAGAUCAACACACAGUAUUUGCUUUUGCUUCUGUGCACAAUGUUCUGGAAAUCAAAACCACAAAUUUGACAUUUUUCCCUAGCCCCACUGUGUUUACGACACACUAAAUUUACUAUAGAAGUUGUCAAAUCACUUUAAAAAGAGGAAAAACAGUACUGUAUGAAUUGCCCCGGCUCAAAUAAAUAAAUAAAUAAAUAAAUAAAGGUUCUCAUCUUAAAGACUUAAGUAUUUGACCCACUUAUAUAUUCUUAGCUUCUGGUCUAUGAUCAUAGUUUCUACAGCUCCCAAAGAUCAUAAAGUUGCAAAAGAAUACUUUUAUGUUCCAGUUAAGGUAUAGGUAUGCUAGAGCAAUAUUGCAAAGUACAAUAGUGUUUUAAGGCCUCUGUCUCAGUGAUGUUCCAAAAGGCUCCGAAAUAGCACUAUUAGUAAAAAUGAACACUUUCUUCUGGCGCAGUAAAACAAACAAACAACAGACAAACAAACAAAGUCUUCCUUAAUUAAUGGUCUCUAUUUCUAAAAUGAAAAUUGACAAUGUUUUGUAGACAUCACAGCUAUUUUCUGUAAACCCCUGAAAACUGAUUAAAACAACAAAAAGCCCCUUGCUAGAGAACCGUGAAGACCCCAGGUUACCAUAUCUGGAAGCUAAAAAGGAGUGAAUAUCAGCUGUAGUGGAAGACCUUGCUGAAAAGACAAAAGAGGGUACCAGUAUGAACUCAUCAUUCCAGUGCUUUAUGUCUCCAUAUUCUUUUUUCUGCAGUUAUUAUUCCAUUUUUCACCUUCAUUGCCCUUUCAUGUUUGUCAUCUGAAAGUGGAGUCUCUAUAAAAUAAUAGCUAUACUCUUUGUUUGGAUCUAUUGGGAGAGAUAUGAUCUGCACAGUAAAGUCUAAAUGAGAUGCUCUUUGAAUGCAGUGUUUAAAUAUGCUGCAGAAAAACUUGGAGUGCUCGUUGUCUUCAAAAUGAUUCCAUUCACACAUUGUCAAAAAUCUAUCUAUCUAGAACAUUUCCAGGAAAGAAACAUGUCCUGCAUAAUAAUACCAGCUGGUCUGAUAUGAAUUACUUUCCAUCUUUGCUUGCAAAGAAUGAUUAAUGAAUCGCAUGUUCGCUGAUUUAUUUGUAAUUGUACUGAUUCUGGCAGAAGGUGAUAGGUUUUCAAGGUUCAUAUUUUCCAUUCUGAAAGCUUAUAUUAGACAAUAAAAAGGUGUUUUCAGAAUACAAAAAUGGCUCAGAAGCCACUUCACAGAAUACACCCACAAGAGAACUUGGUUCUGUUAUGGACCCAUGCAAUCAAACUUGCAUGUGUCAGAUUUAUGUGCAGGUGUAUCUGAAAUACUUUUAUAAGUGCUCGACUUCAACUCAUACUGGAACUUAAUAUAAGGCCUCAUAAUCUUCAGUAACACAUUUCAGCUGUGAAUCAUCAGACCCAAUCCAACAAUUGCUCUCUAUAAUUUCAUAUAUUUAUCGGUGCUACCCCAGGUUAGCCCCAAUACCCAUUUGACUGCUUUGUUCAGUUUCAAUCAUAAUUAAGCACUCACCUAAGGUGGACUCUGUCCAAAUCAACAGUCAUUGCCCUUAUGCGCUGUUUAUGGUACUUGGAAGAUAAAUGGGACAGUUCAAGUGAAUGCCACACAAUGCCCAUCUUAUUCACAAAGGAGGUUCCAUUGUAAACUGUCAUAAGACACUGUCAAGGCCUGCUAGGAAACUGCUACCUCAUCUUUAAUGUCUGCUGAAGGAGGAAAGAACAGGACAGGCUGGUGUCAAUGAAAAGCACAAUUAUGAUAACAGUAGCCCAUAAAUGAUGCUUAAUAAAUUGGAAUGAAUGUAAAUAUAUGGGGGUAAAAGAAUACUUCCAGACAAAUUAGCUAUAAAAAUGUAUUUAUUAAUUUAUGGAGUUGAGAUGGUAGAUUGUAAUCAAUACAACGUAUUGCUUGACCAUUACAAAACAAUAUGCAGGUACAGCUAUAUAAAAAUGCAAUAUACAAUAAUAUGCGCACUGAAAUACUACAUUGGUACUGCAAAGCAUUCUUUGGAAGAAGGACUCUCCUUCUUCAAAUCCAAAUACUGAUGGUGCAGACAGACAAGUACCCACAUACACACACACCUUGCACCCCCUACACAAGGGAGAUGCAACUGUAAGUUUCAACACAUACAUCUUUUGAGAAAAGGUACCCUUACUUUUGUAUAUAUUGCAUGUGUGUGUGUGUGUGUAUAUAUAUAUAUACACACACACACACACACCAAGAAGGUGCAAGAUUUUCUGAUCCCUUGAUUGCUACUCUUUGCUUCAUUAUCUGUAACUUUCUUCUUUAAGCUCUCACUAGCUUUCUUACUGUUUUUCUCUGACAAAUGCUUUCUAAAAUUGUUCACAUUAUUGCACUAGAAAUUAUUAUUUGCCUUUAUUUGUGUUGGAGAAUGUGUUUCAAUUAUGCAAAUAUUGCACCAAGACUACUAGACAUACUAUUAUACUCUAUAUAUAUUAUAGUGUUUUACUUAAUAAAUAUGCUGUCAUAAAUGUAAAUAUACCUAGAAAAUAUUGUUAUUUCAGCAUGUUUGUCAAUAGCUUGCUUGAUUGACAGUAGACUUCAUAGCUGGUUAAAUGAACUAGUCUUGCUCCUACUGCAUUUAUGAUGCCCACAACGUAUUCUUAAUGUCAGUCUAACAUCCCAUGUCCUUGGCAAUUCAUUCAUUCCUCUUUUUAUAAAAACAAUACUGGCUAUAAAAAACAUAUUAGCAGUACUUUGACUGCAUAGUGUUUUAUCACAACUACUUAGGCAUGAUAGUCUUGCUCAGGAUGUAGAAAUUUUCAUGAUUUAAAGUCCUUUCCUACCUUCUAGUCAAGCAAUAGUGACCUUCCUCAAAGGAAAUUCUUCUAAAGAUUUUGCAGAAAGGGGAAGGUAUUUUCUGUUAUAUCUUACAAUUGCCUGCAACUUAUUCAGUUGCACUACAUAUUUGAUUCUGUCCAUCUACAGCCUCUUUUUCACAUUUCUGGCAAUGUACUGAUGUAUACAACAUUGCCCUGUAUCAAACUGCUUUGUUUCCAAAUUAUCCAUAUACUGUGUCUAAUGAUUUUGGAGAAGUGCUCUGGAGUAUUUGUGAACAGUCAACACCACCAGUGAGACAAAACAUAUUUCAAGAUUUCAAUUUAAUUGAGAUGCAAAAUAUAAACAAAUGGUUAGUCACAAUCUUGUGUUAUGUUAAAAAAUUGUAAAGAUUCCAAAUCAGUUGGGUUAAUUCUUUGUCAUAUGGUAUGAAAUAAUAUCGUACAAAUAACAGUGCAUUCUUUAUAUCUAACCAGAGUGGACUAUGCACAAACAAGAAGAAACAUCUUGAACUGAAGUUUAAUUAUUUAAAAUGUAAUAUAAAGUCAUUGAGCUGAAUUUGAAUCUGAAGUACAACAUAUGAGUUUGGAUUGUAUGUGUAUAAAAUUUACAGAUGACUUAUGUCAGAUGAAAUGCUAAAGCAGUUUGUCAAGGUUGGUUGUCCAAGGAUCUGUUUUGGAAGAAGGCAUUUAGAUUGUUCUAGACAUUGACAUUAACAAUAAUGUACACAAAUAAUUAAAUUUUAUAACAUUUUUUGAAAGGCCAUAAAAGGUUUAAUGCCUUCUCAGUAUUUAUGUUCAUGCACACUUUUGUACAACAUCCCUUUUCCUGAAUGAAAAACACUAAUAAAAGAAUGUUCCAUUGUCUCUUCAA